UCACAGCUAGAAACCAACACACUCAAGUGGAAUGAUGAAAUAAUUUCAGUACCAGACCAGUACUGUACUUUCCUUGUUGCACCAUCGAUACAUUUAGAGAGGGAAGAAAAAGUGAAUGUCAAAAUGCCACCAUACAACAUUAUUAUUGGGGAAGAAACUGCUGAAGAUUUGAUCAAAUAUAAACUUGAUUUACAAACAAACAAGAAAACAGCUGGUAAUUACUUGAAAAAUCAACUAAGCAAAUUGCCAAAGAAAGAGCAGUCACUAGGUGAAGUAACCGUUGGCGAAUUUUUGCAAAUGUUGUUGUUAACGAAGAAAUACAAGUGUUUUGCAGAUUCGGAAGUUAGAGGGGACGGAUCAGACUGGAAUAGGACAGAGUUCAGUAUCCUUGGUGAAAUAUCGGUUACGAUGGAAGUCCAGGUUUAUGACAAUGGGGUGUGGAAAGUCAACGACAAAGCAUUCAAAGUCCAUAACUCUCCAAUCACAGCUCACCUUCUGUAUACCCCGGGUCCUCUCUUGGGUGGGAGAAAAUUCCAUGGGAUAACCCCAGAUUAUGAGGCUAUUACAACAAAUGAUAGUAUAAAUCAAGAGAAAUACAACAAGCUCAUGAAAAGAAGAUUAUUUCCCAUUUUCCUUUAUGCAGAUGAAACAGCUAAGAAAAAUAAUAAAAAGGCACUAGUUGUAAUUCCAGGUUUGGGCUGUGGAGUAUUUGCCAAAAGAUUCAAGGGAGAAAUGGGAGAGUAUUUGAAUAAAGCUUUGAAAUCUGUCAUCAAAGAUCUUCCACCCUGCGAAAAUAUCGCUUGUGUUAGAUACGAUCCGUACGAUGAAUGUGAAGAUUGCGAAGAGGUUAUUGACUCAGUAAAAUUUCGUCUGAGGAAAUAUAAUGGUCCAUUGGGUAAACCCCAGCUCUCGAAAGUUGAAGACUUCGAAGAGAAGAAGGGUGAGUUUGAAAACUGCAUUUUAUACAAGGUCGUAGCCUGGGACCACGUCUCCUUUCCGGGAAAUAACUACUUCCUGGGGUCGCGCAGAACGGACGAUGGAGUUGCAGGCGCUGCCACCAACACGAUGGAAGUACUAACCGGAAUUAAAGGUUGCUAUUCCCCGGGAUACUAUUUAAAUGAUAAAGGCAACCGGAAAUGGAUAACUGUUGCCUCCAAUAAUAAUACUGAAUUGAUUGUUGAUGGAAAUGUGAGGGUUUCUGUGGAUGAUUGUAAGCUCAUUGAUCUAAGUGAGUACAAAGCAAGGUAGGUUUUCAUAAGUUUGAAUGUAUCACAUGUUUCAAAUCAAGGUCUACAUUGUAUUUAUGAUUGAAAGUGCGGAGAUGCUGUAAAAUACAGAUUGUUGUAUCCAGUUUUCAUCAACUGCUGUUGAUAUGAUUUAAAUAAUAAAAAAAAUGUGCUAUUUAUUUUAAAACAUAACAAUUUUCA